AUGGUGGAUCACUUGCCGAUAGGCGAGGAGACCUUCAUGUAUUACGCCAACUCUCCGGCAGACCAUCACGCAUCGGACAUGGUGACAGACACGGGUGUCUACCAGGCGCUGUCCUCCCCGUUCUCAGAGGACGACCUGAGUGACUCGUCCAGCGCCCGCUCCUGCUCCAGCCCUGAGUCCCAGGUGCUGGGUUCCAGCUAUGGCAGCGGCAGCAGCAGUGGAGAGAGCCAGGACGGUCUCCUGGACUUCCUGCUCUCCCAGGCCACACUGAGACGUGGAGUUACUCCCUCUCUAUCCCCCUCAGUACCACCCAUCCUCCCCAUGGGUCUAGCAUGGGAGUCAAAGAGGGACCGCCUGUCUCCGACAACCAAAGAGGAGUGCUUUGAGUUUCCUGAGUUCCCAGCGGACCUGGAUGAUCACAUAGGGCUGCUGUUUCAGCCCACCCUGGAGGAGAUAGAGGAGUUCCUGGAGGAGAAUAUGGAGGUGGUGGCGUUGAAGAAUGAGGCUUGCGAGGGUGGGAUGUUGGAUGUUAGCAGUCAGGUGACAGGGUCAGUGCCUGGGCUAGCGCACUCAGACCAAACAGUACCUGUUGCCGGUGCUACUGACCUCACCACAGAGACCAAACACACACCAACAUCCCCGAUAACAGACUCCGACGUUUGUAGUGGGAUUAAACAGGAAGACAGUGCUGGGACACCAGCAUCAGCAGAGGGGUCCGGUGUGUCGCCUGUCAUCCUGCAGAUUCAACCAAUCCAGAUUAAGCAAGAGCCAAUCCCAGGUGCGAUACCAACACCAGUAUCACAGCAGACCACCCAGCCCACCUCAGACAUCAAAAUUGCCCAGCUCCUGGUCAACAUCCAGGGCCAGACUUUUGCCCUGGUGCCCCAGCUGAUGUCCCCAGCUAAUCUCAAUGGCACAUCUUCCAAAUUUGUGCGCAUCGCACCCGUACCCAUAGCCGCCAAGCCCCUGGGUCCCGGGGAGGGUGGGCUUGCAGGUGGCCAGGCUGCAGGGAUCCUGGUGGGAGGACAGAAGUUCCAGAAGAGCUCGGUAGCGGACCUUAUAAAAAUGCAUAAGUGUACUUUCCCUGGAUGUGCCAAGAUGUACACUAAGAGCAGCCACCUGAAGGCCCACCUGAGGAGGCACACGGGGGAGAAGCCCUUUGCCUGCACCUGGCCUGGCUGUGGAUGGAGGUGA